AUGAGACACCUCUCUUUCUUUCUUUCUUUCUUCUUCUUUUUUCUUCUUUGUCCCUCACUUUCUUAUUAUGAUCUUUCGCACAAUUCUUUUCUUCUUUUGAUUUUUUGUACCCCAUUUUCCCCUCCUUUUUUCUUUUUUUUUCUUUCUUUUUUUUUUUUUCUUUUUUUCUUUUUUUUUUUUUUCUUCUUUUCUUUUCUUUUCUUUUGCUUUUUUUUUUUUCUUUUUCUUUUGGUUUGUGUGGCAUUUUUUCUCUUGUUUCCAUUCAGUGUGAGCGUUGUUUUCUCCCAUUCAUUGUAUCGUUGUUUCUCCCCCCUCCAUUCAGUGUGGCGUUGUUUUCUCUCCCCCCUCCAUUCAGUGUUUUUUUUUUUUUUUUCCCCCCCUCCAUUCAGUGUGAGCGUUGUUUUCUCUCCCCCUCCAUUCAGUGUGGCGUUGUUUUUCUCUCCCCUCCAUUCAGUUUGGCGUUGUUUUCUCUCCCCUCCAUUCAGUGUUAUGUUUUUUUCUCUCCCUUCCCCUCCAUUCAGUGUGCGUUGUUUUUCUCCCCUCCCCUCCAAAAAGUGUGACGUUGUUUUUCUCUCCCCUCCCCUCCAUUCAGUGUGGCGUUUUUUUUUCUCCCCUCCCCUCCAUUCAGUGUGGCGUUGUUUUUUUCUCCCCUCCCCCUCCAUUCUGAAGCGUUUGUUUUUUUUCCCCCUCCCCUCCAUUCAUGUGGCGUUGUUUUCUCCCCCUCCCCUCCAUUCAGUGUGUGGCGUUGUUUUCUCCCCCUUCCCUCCAUUCAGUGUAGCGUUGUUUUCUCUCCCCCUCCCCCUCCAUUCAGUGUGA